CACAGCUGGCUGUACUUCUCGAAGCAGCCCCUCCUGACCUUAGGAGAGUUUUGGCCAGGUUCUUCCCACAACUGGACUUGAUGGUGCAGCUGAAGUCCACAGCAGGCAGAAAAUCUCCACCGCAUGAGACAACAUGAGCCCCCAGCUAGUCAGAAUUCUUCUCUUCUUGCCUUUCCUCUUCAUAGGUUCCACAGGGAAUCCAGAACUGCCAAAGUCUCGGUCCUUUUCUGUCAUUCAGAUGCCUCCUUUUUUGAACGUAUCAGAAGGGUCAGACGUGAGGUUGAAUUGCAAAGUGGAAGGCAACGUUUCAAAGUGGUUUGUAAACUGGAAGAAGAUGGAGAAAAAGAUCAAUAAUUCAUCCCGGAUUUUUGUCAUUAAAAAUGAAAUGAAAAAAUCCAGCAUUUUAAUUCUUAAGUCAACUGUUGUUGCUGAUUCUGGAAUCUAUUGCUGUGAAAUUGGCGAUUUAAGAGAUUCGCAAAAGGGGAGCACAAAUGUAAUAAUCUGGGAAAAGCCCUAUGUGGCUGUGAACCAGACUCCACAAAACGUCAGCAGAAGAGUUGGGUUCAAUGUCUCAAUUGCGUGCAGUUUUAGCAGAGUUGCCAAUGUCAGUUUGAUGAAAGUGACAUGGUACAAAGACAAGCAGGAGCUCAGUAACCCAAACUCUGAGAAAUUAAGGCAGAAAGUGAUUCUUAGACUACUGAAUGUAGCUGUGGAGGAUUCGGGAAACUAUGUAUGUAUGAUCAGGAUCGGAAAUCGAACAGGAUCAGGAAACGGAACUUGUGUUCACAUCACUGCUGCAAAUUUAUUGGUGAUCCAGUCACCACCUUCCAUCCAGACAACAGAAGGGGAAAACCUCACCAUGGACUGUAGAGUCCAGGGGAAGAAAACCAAAUACCUCCAUCGUGUUUCAUGGUAUAAGAUUGCCUCUGAUGGACAGAAGAACUUAAUGACCCAUGGAACCAGUGUUCUGAAAGAUGGAAGUUCUCUGUUUUUGAGGAACAUCAAACAGGAGGACUCUGGAAACUAUACCUGUGAAGUUGAUAAAUAUGGCCAGGGGAAUGGAACUAGGGUGACAAUCCUUGCAGGACGUGAGAAGCCGUCGCAGAAUGCCAAUGUUGAUGGUGAUGGCAGGCAACCAGGCCCACUCCCCGAAAAAACCGAAAGUGGAAUUGGAAUCCCUGUGGGGACUGGAGUAGCCGUGGGCACCCUCAUCUUCUUGCUGCUUCUGGGAGUCCUGGUGUGGAGAUCCAAGAGGAAAAGGAAAGGAGCUUCAGAAAACCCUUUGGAAGUUGAGCCAACGGUAGCCGAAGAAGCCAAAAAGAACACUUUGACCAAGCAAAUGAAUGAUGUGACAUAUGCUGACAUCAGAUUCCACAAAAGGGAAGCUCAACUAGAUACUGAAGUUGUGUAUGCAGAAGUGAGAUUGGGCACAAAACGGCCUGAGCACAGAGACAGAGGCACCCAGCCUACAGGCCUUCACUGAGAGAAGAGGACAGAAGUAUUUAGAGACAAGUUGUGUUCGGAAGUUCCUGAGAUAUGUCCUACCAUGAAACUGAUGGUUCCUUUCAAAGCCUGUUGCCUUGACAAGUCUUCACCUGUUUAUCCACGAAUGGAAGAAUUGCAGUCUGCCUCCCCUUUUCCAUUUUGAUAGAGAUAUACAACCCUGUACUCUAAACUGAAGCCAUUAUCUAGACAUAAUGUCUUCCAGAGGAGAACCUUCUCUUGAAAGGAUCAUUUUUGCUUGAAGCACCUGGAAGGCAGACACACUCUUCUCCACUGGAGUGAAAGGAUCUCUUUUUUAUAUUCUUAUUGCUUCUGAUGUUGACAAUUGAAAAUCCUCACAAGCCUUGAAUGAAACUUUCAGGUGUGCAAAAAUACAGAAGAACACAAGGUGGCAGAAAAGACCAGGGAAAAGAAAAAGCCAAGAAAUUCUGUCUCCAUCUAGUGGUCAUCUGAAUUUCUGCAGCCAACCUCUCAGAGACCAACACAAAAUCAAUAUAGCAACUGAACAUUUCCCAGACCUGAUCAUUUCUGCUAGAAAUUCUCUCAAGGGAUGCAUGCAUCCCUUUGGAAGUGAUCUGUUUGCAGAUCUACAUGCCAGUCAUGGUUGAAGGGAACAGGAAGUGAGGCUUAGAGCAACUGUUGGCAAGGAACCCAACCUUCUUUUCCAACACGGGUCCUUCUCUUUUUCUUUUCAAUGCCCUCUUCUCUUUCUUCUCACCUCUGCAAGAGAACUGAGUACAACAUAUACUGAAAAGAAAGUCACAUUUUCCAAUGGGUGGGGAGGGGGGGAUUUGCAUUAAUAGCAGUUUUGGAGUUGGAGAUGGGAAGGGGACAAUUGGAGAUGCCCAAUUGGAUUGUCCAUCUUGCUGUGUUAGUGGUAGCAUGGCAAAAAUGUGGAUCCCAAUGCUGUUUACAUUGUAGUAGUUGGCUGGAGCAGAGAGGCCUUGCCUUUUGGGCUAUCUGUGGUUACGUCUGCUUUUAAGUAACAUUUACUCAACCUCAACUCACCCUUUUGCAAUAACCAUAUCCUUGUAACCUUCCAGGUAAAUUACUGCAAUAGACUCUACAUGGGCUGCCCUUGAAGAGCAUUCAGAAACUUCAACUGAUGCAAAAUGUGGCUGCACCAGUAAUAAAUGGUACUGGCUACAUGGCACAUGUAACACAUUUGUUCUGUGAUCUGCCUGACUGUCAGUAUGUUUCUGGGUGCAAUUUAAAGUGCUGGUUGUCACCCUUAAAGCCCUUAAAACACUUAAAGUCAUGUAUGACUUGGGACUGGGCUAUCUGGGGAGGCUGUCUUUCUCCAAGAGUCUCUACACAUCCAGAUCGAUGGAGAGACUGGGCACACUGUGGAUCCUUUCAGCCAAAGAAUGUCAGCUGGCCAUUAGACUAGAAAAUGGGCAUUUUUUGCAGUGCCCCCCCCCCCCCUUGGUGGAAUAUCCCACCCACCCCUGGAGAUUAGAUUUACUGUUUGAAAGGCUCUAAAAACCCUGCUAUACUGUAUAUCCAGCCUGGGGCCCUGACUAUGUUAAUGAACCUGUGACUUUACUUUACUAUUAGUUAAUUAUCUCAGCUGCUGUUUGUAUUUAUUUUCUGGAUGUUUUUAUUGUCUUAGUGUUUUGAAUUAAUUAUUAUACAGUUUUAGAAAUAUUUAGAAAUAUAAACCACUCAGAGUCACUUAAUCAAGUGACUAAACGGAUGUUGGGUGACUAAAUGAAUGAAUGGAUGGAUGAAUAAAUGAAUGGAUGAAGAAAUGAAUAAUUUGAUAAUAAUGAUUAGGAGGAAACUUACAAGGUACGUUUAGAGAGAUAAAGACUACAAUACACUUUGAAACAUCCUCAAAAUAUCUAUAUAUAUUUUGUAUGACUAUGAACCAGUUACCAGGAAAAAAAAUGGGUUAAUAAAGCAAUAUUAAUAACUUGUGUGUUGC